AUGUCCAGAGAGGAGACCUUGUUCUUCUACAAUCCAUUCACAAGGGAGACCAUCAAUCUUCCGCACUUGCCGGAGCACGAUUUGCGCAGCAAUCUUCGCCAGUUGCCAAAAUAUUAUUUCUCUUCUAGCUUUUGUUUUUCUUCAUUGCCAACUUCCGCAGACUGUAUAGUCUUUGCUAUUGAUGAAAGUUACUUUAGUAGGCCAAGAAGAAUUACUGUCUACUUCAUUACCAGAGGAAAACAGGUUUGGGAUAUUUUCGACUUCGAGAAUGCCAUGCAAUACACACCAUUGUGUAAUUCUCCAAUUUUGCAUCAAGGGUCUUUCUAUAGCGUUGAUUAUAACGGACUUGUAGGAACAUUUAGCUUGGAGGAUAAUAUCUGGAAAGUUCAUGGGACACCCCGUGACAUAUAUAAUGAUACAUAUCGGUAUCCAAGUUUCCUGGCGAAGAAUGGAGAUGAUCUUUUAUUAGUGAAAUUAGGAUGUGAAGCCAAGCUGGUUAGAAUCUAUAAAUUGAAUAUCCCCGUGAUGGACUGGGUUGAAGUUGAAAGUUUGGGAAAGCCUAUGUUGUUCAUCAGCCGCACUUCUUGUGUCUCAGCCGUUGCUCCAAACAGUGAAAUGGAGAACAAAAUAUAUUUCCCUAGACUAUGUUUCAAUGGAGAAGGGAUUCUGUUCUAUUCGCUGGAAACUGGUAGGUAUGACUCUUUUGGGGUCAGCAUUCUUCUAAGAAUCUAA